UAUUUGCUAGAACAACAGCGCAGACAGAAGUAGCAACAUGGAAACUCAGUACAGGCAGGUUUUCUGGCUUUGGUUGAUGCUAGCAUUCUUUGUAGCGUCAAUGCAGACGAUUGUAAACGGAGAGGCAUGUGACAUUCUCAUAUUAAAUCGCACCGCGGACUGCAGUGGAAGGAAUUUAAGGACUUUACCAGAUCCUAGGUCCAUCCAAAAUACCUCGGCAAUUAAUUUCAGUAGGAACGCCCUGCAGCGCUUUCCUGGCGAAAAUGUAGAAUUCACAUCACCUCAUCUUGAAACUUUAGAUUUGUCGCAAAGCCAGAUUGAAGAGUUGGAUCUGAUGGCGUUUGGGUUUGUGCCGUCUCUCAGGUACCUGAACAUCAGCCAUAACAAGCUUUCGUCUAUUAUGAACGGUUCCUUUAUCAAUUUAAAGAACCUCCAAGAUCUGGACAUCAGUUUCAACAACCUGCUCGAUCUGUCGGAGGGACUUUGGGAAGGUCUGAACGAGGUAAAGAAACUGUAUCUAUCCAGUAAUUCCCUGACGACACUAAAAGCAGGUGCUUUUGAUUUCCUGAAACAGCUGGUAUACCUUGAUCUGUCAGAAAAUCAGAUCAGCAUUAUAAAGGAGGAUGCAUUCACUGACUUGGCAAAUCUACAACAUCUUAAUUUAUACCGGAAUACCUUGACAGAAGUCCCCCUUUUCCCGGACAACUUCAGACGCAAGCUCGAGAAACUGAAUCUCCAGGGAAACUCAAUCAGUAAAUUAGGACCAAUUGCCUUUGGAAGAUGUUUGUACCUUCAUGUCCUUGAUCUCAGUAAAUUGGAUCUGGAUUAUGUCCACGCAUUAGCAUUUCAAGGACUUCCAGCUCUAACAGAGCUUUAUCUAGACACAAACCUGCUUCAGACUCUUCAAGUACAAUCCAUCGACGGCUUACACAAUCUUAAAUCUCUAACACUGUUCAGUAACCCCUGGGUUUGUGACUGCAAUUUUAGUAAGCUCGCUGAAUAUUUGGUUUCAAACACAAGCAGAAAUAUUACUGUGACUCGCAUCGAGUCCACAUCCUGCAGAGGUUCUGACACCCAGAUGGUGCCCCUUCAUAGCUUAGAGAGCCGCAAGUUGUGUACCGGUACAUCUCAUGUAGUACCAGCGGUUGUUGGGUCAACAGUUCUUGUUAUAGCGAUUAUAGUGAUGUUCUGUGUCUGUCGAAAAAAGAAAAUGCAUGAGCCAAGAUCUCCAGGAGUCGCCCAACAGGCUUCGCCAAGCUUCUCUGAGCAAUCUUCUCCUGUAACUAUGACUUACUUUGAGGAUAAUCUCCCCGGUUCUUCUGGAGCUAACAGCUCCCCGUCUGGUGACAAGUCUGACGUCUUUACCACUUCGGACCAUUUCUACUCGAGUAUUAAAGUUGUCGCCCCUGUGUACUGCUAUGCUGAUAGUAGAGACUUAUUGCCUCAGGGGCCAGUUGGCUAUCCAACCAAGUCCUCACCUAAGAAAUGUUUUACUUGUCCUUCAAAACCUGGAGGGGAUAAAGAGGAGGCCAAGGAUGAAGAACUGUACCUCAAACCAGUGAAGACACCUCCCAUUCACUUGUAGAAUGUGUUUGGUGAGGAUGGUGAAUAGUACCUCGAACUAACGAGGAAACCUCCUACAGCAGGUGUCUGAUAAGUAUGAUUAGUAGUACCUCAAACUAAUGAGGAAACCUCCCAUUAACAUGUACACGUAGAUAGUGUUCGGUGAUGAUGAUUCGUUGUACCUCAAACUACUUAGGAAACCUCCCGUGAAUUUGUAGAAGGUGUUUGGUGAGGAUGGUGAAUUGUACCUCAAACUAAUGAGGAAACCUCCAAUUAACAUGUACACGUAGAUAGUGUUCGGUGAUGAUGAUUCGUUGUACCUCAAACUACUUAGGAAACCUCCCGUGAAUUUGUAGAAGGUGUUUGGUGAGGAUGGUGAAUUGUACCUCAAACUAAUUAGGAAACCUCCCAUUAACAUGUAGAAGGUGUUUGGUGAGGAUGAUUCGUUGUACCUCAAACGAAUUAGGAAACUUUCCAUUAACUUGUAGAUUGUGUUUGGUGAGGAUGAUGAAUUGUACCUCAAACCAAAAAGGAAACCCUCCAUGUAAUUCCUGAUAAAUGUAAAAUGUAUUGGUGUAAGCUGAUAUAGAUCUUUCUAUUGCAACGUCACGGCCCAAGUGUUUGCCAAACGAGGUUGGGAAAACUAUGGAAAGCCAUAAAUGCAAAUCAAAAACAGAUAGCCAUAGAUUGUAGAAAUGGCUUUAAAAAUAAGUUGAUUUUAUUGAAAAACAAAUCAACAAGUCAUAUUUCAGCUCAUGAAUCGCAACAGAAAAUAAUGUUUUUGGUCACAAUUUCUUUUAACACAAUUGAUUGUUUUGCUACAAUUUGGCGGGUCAUGCCAAUCGGUGCACCUUGUUUAUCAAUGAUGGAAAGGUCUAUAAUAUUAUAAGGGAAUAAAAGGGUAGCGAGGAGUUCUUACACAACUGUUUAAAGGUGGCAGGGGCGUCCCCUUGUGAUCGCACGGCAACGACCUUGCAAGGUUUUUAUUGGACGUAAGAACGAGUCACUACUCUUUUAUUUCCAUUCAUAUAUGCCCGUUUGCCAAAAAAUGUUAAAACAAUGC